AUGGCAUUGAUAAAUAAGCUAUUCUUUUUGAAACCAAAUACAGUCUCAAUUUUUUUCAAAAGACUCAAAGUUAGGAUAGACUACUCCCGAGUACCUGAUCUGAAAGAUGAGGAGUUAGAAGAGAAAUUUGUACGAGGCUCUGGACCAGGUGGUCAGAAAAUCAAUAAAACUGCCAGUGCAGUCUGCCUCAAGCACUUACCAACAGGAAUUGUUAUCAAAUGCCAUCAGAGUCGCUCACUUGUUGAAAACAGAAAAACGGCCCGAACUCUUUUGCUGAAUAAAUUAGAUAAUUUACUUAAUGGUGAACAUAGUGUGGAGAAUCAAAAAAAAUCUAUUGAAGCUAAAAAACAUUUGGAGAGGAUUCGGAGAAGGAACAAACUAAGAGAAAUCAAAGAAGAAUGGAAGAAGCAUCAACAAGAUAAUCAGGAACUAUAAUUGAAUUAUGUAGUAGUCUAGAUAUAUUCAAACUUUAUUUAUAAAACAUUUGUAAAUAAAAUAAAGUAUUUUAUAAAUUUA